AUGAAGCCAAAGAGUUUAGAUAAAAAAAAAUUAAAGCCAUCAUACAAAAAGCGUAUUUCAAAGAAUUUAGAAAUUAACUCACCAUACUUUCAAGGCGACAAGCAAUUAGAUAUCGAGGGUACUCAUGUUAAGAGUAAGCUACAAAGAAAAAAUAAAAGCAACUAAAAGCAAGAAAAGGCUCCAACACAUGAGUUAUAUUUAAUGUAGCAAGUAAACUAAUCAGAUGUCCAUAUUAUUGCACCUGAUUUUUACAGAGAUUAAUAAUUUAGAAUUUCUCAGACUAGUAACUAGCCCUUAUAGCAAGUAUUUCAAAAUGAAUUUAGACUGUAGAAUAACUUUUUCGAUUCUAGUCAGAUUAUGGCUGAUGAUUUGCUCAAUCAGUCGCAUUUACCUCUUAAUGAUAACAGUGAAAUCUCAUAAGUGAUUGAAUCACAAUAACUUGCUUCAUUUGCUAAUAAAAACAAUUUUAAUAAUGAUUCAUAACCCAUUUUACUUAUUACAAAGCCUUCUUCUUAAAGUGGAAGGAAAAAUUAAAGAAAAAAGUAGCUUCAGAUAAAUGUGCAUAGACUUGAUAAAAGCUCUUAAAAUAGCAAUCAUUUAUACUUGCCCAAUCUCACUAAUAAUGAUGAUACCCAAUCUUAUUAAGGAAAUUCUCAAUCGAACUUCGAUCAAAUAGGACAGCUGUUCAUUAGAAAGUAGAAUACAAAAAUAAGCAAGCAGCAUUAAAAUAAUGAGAAAGACUCCAACAUGUAUCAUAGCAUUAGUCAUCAGAGUCAUGAAAAGUCAGAGAGAGCUGAUCUACUAAGUGGAAGUAGUGAUGUUAAACGAAUUAACACAAUUUCACAGUCAAAUUUCUUUGAUAUCAAACAGUAAUCUGAGCAACAAAGGAACAAUGGCGAUUAAUUAAACAAGAUUUCUAUACCUUAGUAGAGUUCAAUCAUCUAAAGUCUAAAAAAGGCUCCUUAUGUAAAGAAAUUGAUUGAAAUUCCAAAACACUCUUGGCAUAGUCAAAACAAUGUAGUAGAUAAUCUAACCUAUUAGUCUCAAAAAGAUUAACCCUAAUCAUAAAGAAAUUCUAGAGGUAACAGAAAUUGGAACAAACUAUCAAAUAUUAUUCGAACAAUAAUGCUUAUUAAAAGAACUGAUACUAAGAAUCUAGAAGAUCCACUAAAAACUGACAUUCUAAAUGACCCUAGGAGGCAUAUUAGAGCAAUUAAUGAUCCUGAUCAUUUAGUAAACAAAAAGAAUGAAAAUGGAUAAACUCCACUCUAUGUAGCUGCAAAAAAUGGUCAUCUGAGGGUCAUCUAAUUCUUUAUUGAGGAAGGAGCUAAUCCUCAUUUACUUUCAAUUAUAACUUCUUCUAAUGAAGAAAAAUAGAAAAAGAUAGAGCGGGAAAGUAUUUUGGAUGUUGCAAUUGGUCCUAAGACGAUUUAAAAAGAGCUCUAAAAAUUAGUAAGAUUAGUGAGAAUGUUUAAAUUAUGA